UGAGAGAAGGAAUGAAAACCUCAGGGGGGUGAGAGAGUGGCAGAGACAGAGAGCACCCAGGCUGUGAGCCAUGACUUCUCUCGAGCUCUUGCUGUUGUUGAACACCGCAGUAUUAUCAGGGAUGUGUUUGCAGUAUGAGCUGGUACUGAGUAAUGAUGGGCCCAUCACCACUGGUGCCCAAGGGACAGUGGAGGCCAGGCUGGUGCCCAAGCCUGGGAGCAAGCAGGAGCAGCUGGAAUCACAACAUUACUCCUUCCACUGGAACGUGGAGAACCCCCUUGCCAUUGUACAGAGUUCAGAGCAGGAACUCAUCUCAUCCAUCACGGUCCAUAGCCUGGCCCCGAAGCUGUACGCUGUCAGUGCUUGGGUGACCCGAAGGGGCUGUUCAUGGUGUCCCCAGCUCGCUCACGGCUCCACUGAACUCCUGGUGACAGACUUUGUGGUGGGAACUCUAUCACUGAAGCAGCCAAAUAGCAGUACCACUUUCUCAAGAAAGGGCUAUGAACUGGCCACCAAGACCCCAACACAGAUCUCAUUCAUCCUCUACGAUCCAAGCGAUUACUUUGACACUGCUACAUUUCGUUACUUCUGGUACUUUGGUGACGGAGAGCGAAUGGUCACAAAUAAAUCUUACACACUUCACAUCUAUCCAACACCAGGGACUUACCAGCUGCAUGUUGAUGUCCUCGCAAACCUCAAUGACUCUCAACAAAGGACUGGAAUUUAUGGUGCUUCACUGAACCUUCAAGAUAAAAUCAAAAACAUUGAAGUCAAGAGUCUCGAUGACAUCCAUGCAGACCACAGAAAGACCUUUUACAUAUAUGUUAAUGGCAGUCCUCCACUCAAGAUCUGUUGGCUUGUUUCUCGGAGCUGCGUCUCAGUCAUUGAUCACUCGUGUGAUCUCAUGGAGCUGCCCAGCUCAACCGUCUCCAAUGUGAGCUACGCCUUCAGGGAUCUGGGACCAUACACCUUCAACGUGAGGGCUGAGAACAGUGUGAGCAGCCUGCAGGCAUGCUAUAAAAUAACGACCUGGAAAAGCGGCCAUGCUGUCCCUAGAGAGGAUCAGAGCGGGGAUGACAGUCACAUGGAGCUGAGUGUGAUGUAG